AUGAAGUUCAGCAUCAUUGCCCUCUCUACUCUGCUGGCCUUCGCUGCAGCGGAGACCACUACCACCGCAGAGACUGUUACUGCAACCCUCACUCCUGAGCAAUCGUGUGCCAAAAACUGCAACAGCUCUGACCGGUGCUGCGUCGCCGAUUGCUACAAGGUCCCCUGCCCCAAUGAGGCCCAGGCCAACGAUACCAACAGCUGUGUUGCCGCCUGCCCUCAGGGUACCGGCACUGCCGCCGAUACUAAGAAAUACACCGACUGCCAGAACGCCUGCUUCAACUCCCACUUCCUCGCUACCGGUACUGCCGCCUCUGAGACAGGCUACACUGUCUCCAGCACCACCACCACGGGCACCUGGGCUACCGCGACCGCCACAACCACCAGUGCCUCUAUGUCUUCCAACAACGACAACCGUAACACCGAAAGCGCUUCCGCUAGCACCUUCAGUGUCUCUAGCACCACCACUGGUGUUGUCCACUCUACCAAUGCCGCGUCUAACGUCAAGCUGGGUGCCUCCAGCGCUAGUCUUCUCGGCUUGGUGGUUGCUGCAUUCGCUCUGUAG